AUGUUUGGUUUGGGUCCGUGGUGGUACAAUUUUUCGCAGUUCCACCGCUCCGAAUUGACGGUAGAUAAUUUGAUAUUGGUUCCAUCGCCAUACAUUGAACUAACCAUUUUUGGAACUUUCAAGGCUGCUGAAUUUUUGUCGUUUGUUGGUGGCUGUAUAGUACAUCCAGUAUAUCGGCUGUUUCUUCUUAGAAAUUUAACUCCGGAGAAAACCACGAACAAUUCAUUUAAAAUAAUUAGAAACAAAUGUCGAAAUAUACAGGGGCGAUUUCUUUUGGCAAGUUUUAUUGUUGGACCAUUGACUGUGCUAACUUGUGUGAAUUAUUACUCACUAGGUAGAAAAGAUGCGAAGGAAUUGUGCUAUCAGAUUAGAUGCAAUGAGAAAAUGAUGGUUUGGGAUCGCGCUGCUCUUUCACUAGGAUUUCUUGGAUGGUAUUGGAAACGUUUUAAAGGAGCUGUCGACGGUAUAAAUCUGGCAUCAGUUUACACUGCUUAUUAUUUUACGGUACAAAAAAGAUUAACAAAUGCACCAACAACAGAUAGAAUCAAACCAUCGCAGCGUCCGAAAAGUCUAGAGGAAGCUGAAGAAACGAAGAACUUCCCAUUUUUAGUACAAACAGCAGCAGAGAGUAGGAAAUCACUCGGUUCGACAGCUUCGCUUCGCAUACGAACAUCAUGA